AGCGGCUGUUGUAGGUCAGGAGGGGGGAGGGGGGAAGAAGGCACAUGUGCUUUGUAGCUUUCCCCUCCCCUCCCCCCAGCACUCACCUGGAGGAGACACCGAGGGGGCUUCCGGUCCGGUGGGAGACAGGAAUCUCUGCAGUGGACCUCACUCACCUUAGCAGCUGCUGGGUCUUUGGUGCUUGGCAGAGUCCAGAGCAUCUGUCUGCAGGGAGAGAGCCUGGGGGGAAUCGGGCUGUGACAUGCACUCAAGCCCCUUCUGAAACCUUCCCAAUCGCCCAGACAGGCUGAGGAAUCACAUCCAGAUUUCACUAAAGAUCGUCCCUUCUUCCAGGUGACAGGGAAGGGAAAUGGCUGUGAUGGAGUCAACUCAGUUGCCGGUGACCUUCGAGGAGGUGGCUGUGUAUUUCACCCAGGGGCAGGGAGCUCUGCUGGACCCCAGUCAGAGAGCUCUCUACAGGGACGUCAUGCAGGAGAACUAUGAGAUGGUGACCUCGCUGGGAUUUCCCAUUCCCAAACCUGAACUGAUCUCCCACCUGGAACGAGGGGAAGAACUGUGGGUCCCGGAUCUCCAGGUCUGUGAGGAAAGAGAGAUCCUGAGAGGCAAUCGCACAGCAGGUGAUGAGACAGUAGAUGAGAAGAAGGAGGGGAAUCAUCAUGAGGAAGUUCCUAGGGAAGUGGAACCACAGGGGACCUUUGUGGGAAGAGCUGAAGGGAGUUUAUCCCAGUGCUUGGAAGAGGGAGAAGACUGGGGAAAUUGGCACAAGUCAGAGAGGCGACUGAAAAACCACCGAAAGAAGAAAGUGGAUGAAUAUAUUAUAUGUGCAGGAGGAGACAAGGAUCCCACAGCCCAACAGACCAAUCCUAAGGAAGAGAAACCCUAUCAGUGCCUCGAAUGUGUAAAAGGGUUCAUUUUCAGAUCACAGCUUGUGACACGUCAGACAAUCCAUACUGGAGGGAAACCCCUUCAAUUCUUAGCCCAUGGGGAAAGCUUCAAUAACUGCUCAGAUCUUAAUAACCAUGGGAAAAGCCACAUGGGAGAGAAACCCUAUCAAUUCCUCGAAUGUGGAAACUGUUUGAAUUGGAAGUCAGAAUUAAUUACACAUCAGAAAAUCCAGACAAGGGAGAGACCCCAUAAGUGCUUGGAUUGUGGAAAAAGUUUCAUAGAGAGGUCACACCUUAUUGAACAUAAAGCAAUCCACACAGGAGAGAGACCCCACAAGUGCUUGGACUGUGGGAAAAGUUUCAUACGGAGGUCAAACCUUAUUAGACAUCAGGCAAUGCACACAGGAGAGAGACCACAUAAUUGCUUAGACUGUGGGAAAAGUUUCUUUGACAGAUUUGCCCUUUCUAAACAUCAGGCAAUCCACACAGGAGAGAGACCCCACAAGUGCUUGGACUGUGGAAAAAAUUUCAUAUGGAGGUCAAACCUUGUUAAACAUCAGGCAAUCCACACAGGAGAGAGACCCCACAAGUGCUUGGACUGUGGGAAAACUUUCACACAGAGGUCAAGCCUUGUUAAACAUCAGGCAAUCCACACAGGAGAGAGACCCCAUAAGUGCUUGGACUGUGGGAAAAGUUUCAUAGAGAGGUCACACCUUAUUAAACAUAAAGCAAUCCACACAGGAGAGAGACCCCACAAGUGCUUGGACUGUGGGAAAAGUUUCAUACAGAGGUCAAACCUUAUUAGACAUCAGGCAAUCCACACAGGAGAGAGACCACAUAAUUGCUUAGACUGUGGGAAAAGUUUCUUUGACAGAUCAUCCCUUUCUAAACAUCAGGCAAUCCACACAGGAGAGAGACCCCACAAGUGCUUGGACUGUGGAAAAAAUUUCAUAUGGAGGUCACACCUUGUUCAACAUCAGGCAAUCCACACAGGAGAGAGACCCCACAAGUGCUUGGACUGUGGGAAAAGUUUCAUAGGGAGGUCACAACUUAUUAAACAUGAAGCAAUCCACACAGGAGAGAGACCCCACAAGUGCUUGGACUGUGGGAAAAGUUUCAUACAGAGGUCACACCUUAUUAGACAUCAGGCAAUCCACACAGGAGAGAGAUCCCACAAGUGCUUGGACUGUGGGAAAAGUUUCAUAGAGAGGUCACACCUUAUUAAACAUAAAGAAAUCCACACAGGAGAGAGACCCCACAAGUGCUUGGACUGUGGGAAAAGUUUCAUACAGAGGUCACACCUUAUUAGACAUCAGACAAUCCACACAGGAGAGAAAUCCCACAAGUGCUUAGACUGUGGGGAAAGUUUCAGGAACAAAUCAGCCCUUUCUAAACAUCAAGCAAUCCACACAGGAGCUAAACUUCUGUGACACUGAGAGAGAAAGGGUUAAGCAACUUGCAUGUAAUAGAUCCAGUUCAACCUUUAGAGACAUGUUAAAAAAGUGUGUCCAUGUUAGAUAAGUUUACAUUUCAAAGCUCAAACUUAUGUUAAAGACCUGGAAGAAGAUGGUAACUGUAGUAGGCUAUAAAAAGCUACAAAGAGUCCUAUGGCACCUUAUAGACUAACAGAUGUAUUGGAGCAUAAGCUUUUGUGGGUGAAUACACACUUUGUCAGAUGCAUGUGGUGGAAAUUUCUAGAGGCAGGUAUAAAUAUGCGGGCAAGAAUCUGCCUAGAGAUAAUGAGGUUAGUUCAAUCAGGGAGGAUGAGGCCAUCUUCUAGCAGUUGAGGUGUGAACACCAAGGGAGGAGAAACUGCUUUUGUAGUUGCCAUUCACAGUCUUUGUUUAAUCCUGAGCUCAUUGUGUCAAAUUUGCAAAUGAACUGAAGUUCAGCAGUUUCUCUUUGGAGUCUGGUCCUGAAGUUUUUUUGCUGCAGGAUCCCUUUUAAAUUUGCUAUUGUGUGGCCAGGGAGGUUGAUGUGUUCUCCUAUAGGUUUUUGUAUAUUGCCAUUCCUAAUAUCUGACUUGUGUCCAUUUAUUCUUUUACGUAGGAUUCUCCAGUUUGGCCGAUGUACAUAGCAGAGGGGCAUUGCUGGCACACGAUGGUGUAUGUUACAUUGAUGAACGUACAAGUGAAUGAACCGGAGAUGUUGUGGCUGAUCUGGUUAGGUCCUGUGAAAGUGAAAUGAAUUAUAUUAAAGAAAUAGAAUGAAUUAAAGAAUGCUGUAUGUACCUUUAAGUAGAAAUGAGAAAUGCUGCAAGCCAGGGGGGCAGAAAAGCAGACAUUAACUGCUUAACUUGCCACUUAAGGGCAAUUGGUGAAGCAUUAGUCUUAGAUCGAUAAGAGUUAACAAGGAAGUAGGAUAUGCAUAUUGUGCUCCAUGCAUAUUGUGCUCCAUGCAUAUUUUACAAUUUUGCUCUCUCUGUCCCUUUGUUUAGUUCGCACCCUUUUAUCUGUAUAAAUAAGACUGUUUGAAUCUUGCAUGGAGGCUCACAUUAUCUGAAUGUAUUAGCAGAGCGCUGUGCUAAUAAAACAGAGUGGUCUGACAAACUAUGAGUCCUGAGUCUAACUUUGACAAUUUGGAGGUUCCACCGAGAUGGCAACCGUCUUCACUGGGGCUGUGUGAUUCCUGACUGUUUUUGUAGGACGACCGUGGUAGCCGGCACCUGGGCAUUUGGCCCGAGCGGUCCUCCUCCUGAACGGAAGGGCGCACGACCACAGUGAGGUCUACGCCAUUGAACCUGUUGGUUCCCACUCUGUUCUGGUACGGAUCCCAGGAUCUGACAUCAGGAAUCUGGUCAGGUAAUUAUUUCUGUGUUUUGUCCGGACUGAGGACUGUCCUGUCUCUGUGUCUAUCUGUCCUCCUGUGGAGUGUUUGAGUCUGGGUGCCAUCUCCGUCCGGGGAUCGGCCGACCAAGGGGUUCCUGUCCCCGAGGUCUGAGUGAGUGAAAUCUGAACAAUCGCAGCCGCACCACACCUUGGGUAAAACCCUUGGUGUGAAAGCAAGGGCGACUGAGUCAGUAGCCUGUGGGCUCCUUUUGUGUGUUGCACCGGGCAUCACCCUGACGAACCCGAAUUUCCUUCUUGUGUGAUUGGUGUGUGUAAAGUCCUCCUGUAUUGGUAACCAGACGUCUAAGUCGGGACAGUUCCCUAAAGGAACGCCGGCUCAGUUUUAGGAAGGGUCCGGACUCCUGUAAAUUUCUGGAAAAAUGGUCUAGGCUAACUCAGGGAGAUCCCAAAACUCAGUGGCCACUGUUAAAACCUUGGAACAAGGACCGAGUGGACAUCUUAAAAAAACAAACUCGGCCAGCCUAAAACUAAAUUGGCUAAAGGAGAGGUUAAUUGUUUCAUGCAGUGGUGGGAAGAGGCAAAUCGUAGGUGGACAAAAUCAAAACUCGCCUCUCUCAAAUAUUCAAAUAAUAAAUUAAAAGCUUUAUUAAAAGAGUCCUCUCCCACCACCAGACUGAGCGCUCCCCUUCACCCUGUUCUCUGACAAAAAAAACAACAACCCCGGAUCGAUCCCAAUUCCCUUCAUACUCCCCUCUCAUUGUAAAAAGGAUAAAAUGCCCCUUGUUCUGUUCCCCUUCGUUGUCUGCCUCAGAAACUGAUUCUUUAGUGUUCCAUUACCAAUUCAGCAAGGAGGGUGGGCUCCUCAACUAGCCCCCACCCUUCCUGGGCCCUUUCCUUAAGCAUUUCUUUCAAAAUUGUGA